AUGUCAAUUCGCUUAUGGCUUUUGGCUUUAUUGCCAAUCUCUGUUUUGGCCGGUUGGCGGGUUGAUGGUUAUAACCCAGUUAAGCAACUUGCGGAAGAGAGACAUGGCCCAGUCCGGCGUAACAUACAUCGACGCCAGAGCACUGACACAUAUCAACACCUGAACGACAAGACUGAGAAAUAUCUCGUGAACGGGACGUCCAUCCCACUCGUGGACUGGGACCUCGGGGAAUCGUAUGCUGGUUUGAUGCCCAUAUCGAAGGAAUCCAACGAGACACGCCAGCUUUUCUUUUGGUACUUCCCUAGUUCCAACAAGCAGGCGUCUGACGAAGUUACCAUCUGGCUGAACGGAGGCCCGGGGUGCAGUUCCUUCAUCGGCCUCGUUCAGGAGAAUGGCCCAUUCACUUGGUUCCCGUCCGCCUACCGUCCUGUCUACAACAUCUAUAGCUGGUCGCAGCUAUCUAACAUUCUCUACAUUGACCAGCCUGCUGGCACUGGAUUCUCUGUCGGCUCCCCGAACGCCACGACGGAGGAGGAGAUCGCCCAGCAGUUCCUGGGCUUCUACCACAACUGGAUGGAGACCUUUGGAACCAAGGGGCGCAAGACUCACCUCACCGGCGAGAGCUACGCAGGCCACUACAUCCCCUACAUCGGCGAUGCCAUGAUCAAGUCCAACCAGUCGGCCGACUACAACCUCUCCGGCGCCCUAAUGUUCAGCCCGUACAUCAGGUCAGUGCCAGGAGAUUUCCAGCAGCAUGCGGUGACGCUACCUUUUGUGGACGAGUAUAACAACGUCAUGGGGCUCUAUCCUGGCGUCGCAGACUAUUACGACCGCAUCAAGGCCGCCGACGAGGACUGCGGCUACGCCGAGAUGCGCGAGAAGCAUUUCACGUUCCCCCCCUCAGGACUGUUCCCGGCCGGCAACGAAAGCGACGCGUGCCGUAUCUCCCACAUCGUUUACGAGGGCCUCGCGCAAAUCAGCCCCUGCGCCAACAUCUACCACAUCUCUCAGGGCUGCCCCAACCCCUCGGACCCGCUCCUAUGGGCCGACGCCGGCGACAACGCCAGCGUCCCCCUCAGCUUCGACAAGAAAACCUGGCACGGAUACCUCAACAUCCCCGAGAUGCGUGAGGCCCUUCACAUCCCCGUCGGCCAAAGGGACUGGCAGGAGUGCACCGACGAAAACCCCUUCGGGCCCGGGGGCGACCGGAGCGCUGAUCCAUUCGCGUCAGGCGCCCUCACGCGCGUCAUCGAGCACACGAACAACUUCAUCAUCGCCAGCGGCAACCUCGACUACCGCGUGCCGACCAACGGCACGCUGAUGGUGUUGCAGAACAUGACCUGGAACGGGGGCCAGGGCUUCGACGAGUUCCCGUCCAAGGCCUUCUUCCUCCCCGCGGCGUACAGUGACCUGUCAUCUCAGAGCGCUGCAGGGAAGAUCGGAGACUGGGUCGAGCAGCGGGGGUUGACAUUCGCUCGUGUCUUCACCGCCGGACACGAGCUUCCGCGAUAUGCCCAGGGAGGAGGAUAUCGUCUGUUAGAACGUCUUCUCAACCGAGUGCCUGACUUGACCAACGACGCCAUGUUCUCUGCCCUUCCGGGUGACUUUUCGGGUGCCAAUACCACCCAUGGCUCUACAUCCAGUUGA